AUAACUCCCUUAUAUAGCAUCCAGUCAGUCCUUAUUCCUCUAGAGCUGUUUUGUUCGCGCCGGUGUUUUACUCUGAAUUUCAACUAAGCAGUGUUGUGUCCAGAAAAAAGAAGACAAUAAUUUCAACCAUGGUGCAACCAGAAGCAAACAUUCCAUAUGAAUUGCUAAAGAAAAUGAUCAUUUCGGGAAAUGCUCCUUCUCUCAUUUUCUUUAUCAUUAUAAGCCAGUAUGUUCUGAGACUGGUCUUCAUCUGUCCUUGUUCUUCCUCACCAGCUUUCAAAAAAGCUAUAUUAGCUAUGUAUUGGGUCCUACCAUCUUUGCUACUAUUUGUUGUUGUCUUCUUGACAGAUAGACCGUUUAAAAAGACCAUUAGACUUUGCAACAACAUAUGUAAUAGUGCACUUACGAGAUGUUUCCUGAAAGUAUUAACACUAGCAGCAGUGUGGGGCAUAACAACAAUGUUUGAUGGAGAGUGGUAUAUAUGUAUCAUGACAUCAAAUGGAAACUAUUCUGAAAUCCCCUGUAAGACAACGCGUAGCAUGGAAGAAGAGUUGAUCAUCAAAAAUAUCAAGACUGAAUCUCAAAUUAUUGGUUUUGGCAUUCUUUGUAGUGUUUGCUUGGUUCAACUUCUCGGGAUAUGGCUUUCUCCAGUGUUUCUCCAGUGUCGCAAGUGCAGAAGGUGUCUCAAAACAUGCAGGACCGAAUGCAUCAGAAAUUGUUGUAGUUUGUGCUGCAAGUGUGACCCUGAAUUUGAGGUUUCAUUCUACAAACUAAAAUACAAUAAAUAUCUAGAGAGGGAGACUCAUCGCCACUUGAAAAAACAAUUACUGGCCUUCGCACAAGAAAAAGCGCAGGGUAACUGUAACAAACCCCUCAAUAAAAUCUAUCUAAAGGAGUUAAAUCAGUGUUCAGUGGAAGCGGCAACAACAGCAGCACUGAAGGCAGCAGCAGCCACAACAACAGCAGCACUGGAAGCAGCAAUAGCAGCAGCAGAAGCAGAGGCAGCAGCAGUGGCAGGGGGAACAACACACAGUACAAGAAUGACGGCACGAAAAGGAAAAGAAGUAGCUGCUGCAGCAGCAAAGACAGCAGAAGCAGUUGUAGCAGCUGCAGUCACUGUAGCCAAGAUGGAAAAUGAAACAACAACAGCAAAAGAAGUAGCAGGAAAAAAAGACAAAAGACAACUGUUUGCAGCUGCAAUAGCUGCAUGAAAGCAGAAAUGACAAAAAUGUAUGCAAACGAAGCAGCAAUUCAAGUGGCAGCAGCAAAAAAAGCAAUAGCAGCAACAACAGUGGCAGCAAUUAUGGCAGCAUCAGCUGCAACAAAAGUAGUAUCUGUUCCAACAACAACUGCAGAAGCAGAAAAAACUACAGCAACAGAGGUCAUAGAAGAAAUAGCAAGAGAAAAACCAGUGGCAACAAGAUCAGCGGAAGUAGAAGAAGCAGCAGUAAAUAAAACGCAGGCAGCAGCAACAUUAGCAGUGACAGCAGCAGCUGGAGGCAAAGCAGCAGCAGAUGCAGCAAAGGUACUGUAGCAGCAGCAGUGAAAAAAACAGAGACUGCAGCACAAUUAGCAGUGACAGCAGCAGACGAUGGAGCAGCAGCAGCAAAGACAGCAGCAGAUGUAGCAGAAGAGGAAGCAAAUGCAGCAUAUGCAGCAUAUGCAGUAGCAGCAAGAACAGGAGAAGAUGCACAAGCAGCAAAACAGGCAGCAGCAGAUGCAGCAGUAGCAAUGAUAACAGCAAUGGCUGCAGCAAAUACAGCAGCAGCAGAAGCAGCUAAAUCAAAUGCAGCAGCAGAGGCAGCAGCAACAGAAGCAAAGGCAGCAGCAACAAAGGCAGCAACAACAAAUUCAGCAGUACAUACAGAAGCAGCACAAGAAGCAGCAGGAGCAAUGGCAUCUGCAGCAGAAUUAGCAGCAGGUGCAGCAAGAAAAGCAGGAGCAGCAGCAGAAAAGGCAGCGGAAGAAGCAAAGGCAGCUGAUGAAGCCACAGUAGACGCAAAGGAUGAUGCAGUAGCAGAUGCAGUAGCACAUGCAUUAGCAAAUGCAGCAAAAAAGGCUGAAGCAAAGGCAAAAGCAGCAAAAAAAUCAGCAGCAGAUGCAGCAAAUGCAGCAAAUGAAGCAGAUGUGGCACUAGCAAGGAUAGUAGAUAUGGUUGCAGCAGAAACAAAAGAACUAGCAGAGGCAAAAGCAGCUACAGCAAAAUUAGCAGCAGAUACAGCAGGAGCAGCAGCAGCAAAGGCAACAGAAGAAGCAAAGGCAGCAACAGAAGAAGCAAAGGCAGCUGCAGAAGCCGCAGCAGAAGCAAAGGCAGCAGCUAAAGAGGCAGCAGCAAAAAAUGCAGCAGUAGCAAAUGCAGCAGAUGCAGCAACAAAGGCUGCAGCAAAGGCAGCAGCAGCAAAGGCAGAGGCAGAGACAAAGGCAGCAUCAGUAGUGGAAGCUGGAGGAGGAGCAGGAGCAGCACCUAUAGAAGUGGAGAAAUUAGCAGAAAGAGCAGAGGCAGCAUUUCUACCUAGACCAGUCACUUUCACUGAACCAUGGAUUCAAAUAUCUAAACAUGACUUCCACCUUAUUCCCUGAUGAGGAAAUUGAAAGCUGGCAUUCUAACAGUGUACUUUUGUAAUAUCACAGAAUAUAUCAAUCAUAUUUUUUUCUCCAGAAAUAUACAUAUUUUUUGGUCUAGAAUCUACAGAACCUUAGGGGGGGUCAUCACAAGAUUUUUUUUUUUUUUUUCAGAAAAUAUGCUCACUAAAUUGAGUGCUCAUUUUACUAGAUCAUGCCCAUUUGAAUAAACAGUGUAAAUUCUGUGCAUGUUUUACUAAUCGUGCACUCAUUUUGCUAAACUGUGCUCUCAUUUUAAUUGUUGUAAAUUAAGCACACAAUGUUGUAAAAUGUGUGCACAUUCACAAUAUAGUAAAACAUGCACACAAUUUAGUAAAAUGUGUGGAUGAUUUACUAAAUUGAGAGCACAGUUUAGUCAAAUGAGCAGUGGAGUCUAAAUCCCCCCCUGGGGAUUUGAAAAACUGAAUCUGAAUCUCUGUGAGUUUUCAUCCUAUAUAGAAACAUAUAAGUGACACCAUUAGAAACCUUGAAUCUUUCCAAUAUGUUUUAAAAUCGAUGUAUCGAUUGUAAAAACUUUAAAAGUUUUGCGAUUUUCACUCUUCUUGCUUGCAGCAGGCCCAUUCAAGUGAAUUUGCAUUUGAAAGAUCCACUUGUGAGCCACUUCAUUAGUCUAACCCCAAACUUCAAACUCCAAAAGGCUUGGGUGGAUAUUAAAGUGUGUUUUUUUUUUGACAAGAUUUGAAGACCUUUGAAAAUAUUUUUUUUAUAUAGUUGUGUCUACACUGAAUUAUAAUAAAAACAAAUUUCAUUACAUCCUCUUAUGGACUAACAUAUCAUUAUUGUUGAGGUCUUCUAGAAUAUAACCAUGUGUGCCACUUUUGAAAGUAGUCUAAAGUAUGCCAAAGAUAUAUGCAAUCAGUAUAAUUGCACAAAUACAUACAGACAAGUUGCUAAAACACAAUUUUGUAAACUAGGCAGGCUUUAUCAAGAACUUUCACAUACAAUUCACAAAACCACACACCCAAACUGCAAAAAAACUAAUGUGUCCUGCAAAUGAAGCACUGCAACCAAAUCUACAUAUAACAUUAUCAAAAUCAAACGUUUGCACCAAAUGGCACAUGCUUCAUUCAUAUCACACUGUCGGGCAUAAUGAAAAGCACUUUCAUCUUUAGUAUGCUUUGCCAUUAUACUAAAAUAGUUCAAAUUGUAGAAAAUGCUUCAGAUUGUUCACAUCCACAGACAUAUUUGCAGAUGCACACAUAUGCAAGUUAGUGCAACAUAUGCACAGCAGAUAUAUUUAUAUUGACAAAUUAGCUCAUGUGGUGUUAUUUUGAAGGCAGUGUUUUGAAAAGGCAAACGUGACUUGUGAAUGUUGUGUCAUGCAGAGAACCGUGUCCAUAGCAUUUAAUAAGUGUAGUUUUGAAUUGCAAAAUGUGUGUAAAGCAGAAAAUGUAUAACUUGAGAGGAGGUUUUGUUCUCUGUGUGUCCGUUUGAAUAAUUGUGCUAUGUGUGUCAUUUUAGCAUGUUAGCAAUUGGAAAAAACUGUGAGUAACACAUUCCAUUUACAAAAUAUAGCACUUGCACAUAUACAAUACUGCCAUCUAGUGGCUCCAAUAUUGCAAUCUACCCAGUGCCUCAAAAAGACAUGUACAACCCUGCCAGAGGUGGGCACUGUGGUGUAACUGUUUUAAGUAGAGUAGGAUGACGUCAGAGGUGGAACGUUAGUUGGAGGAGGGAAAGUUGCGGGGUGUUCAGGAGGAGACGCACUUGUUGAAUUAAACAUUCACGCUUUUACAGUUGGACUCCGCGUAAGUUAUUUAAUAACACGACAGGCACAAAUACAUCAAAAAUUAUUUUGUUGCAAACAAAUACUGCCUCAUAAAAUAUAACAAAAUAAAACAAAAGAUACUCAUGUGAAAAAUGCAAUUUCAUUCAAAUACAAGUAAUUAGUUAUUUGAAAAUACAAACACACACAACAAUCAUGGUAUACCAACUUUUUAAAGAAACUACAAGGCAUAUUGAAAACAUACUCUGAUUGGCUGGCAGAGGGCGAGUAAUUCUGUAUAUUGGGGCUCCAAUGAAGUGGUAAAAUAAUUUAAUCAGUGUCCCAUAUCAAUAUACUGUAUGCGACUGAUGAUUGAACUGACAACAGGCAGGCUUUACAAAAAAAUAUUUGCCCUUUUGCUUGUUUGAUUGUAUUGUCUAUUUAUUGCAUUUCUUACUGCUUUUAGCAGUUAAA